CGAUGGAGCGAGAGGACGAUACGCGUCCGUUCUGAACCAACGUGUGUUUAAGUGAUAAUUUAGUGCCAAGUGAUAAAAAAAUCCGUUCCAAAGUGCUCAAAGUUCCUCGCAAUGGCUCAUACGUCCGUUCAGUGAAUUGGUAGUGUUUUAGUUAUGGUGUUUAGCGCCAUCUAUUGGCAAGUGGCGGGAAUGCGUUGGUGAUGGAAGCAGGUUUCAUACCGGCCGGCGCAGGCGGUGCCGCCGGGAGCGCCGCGCCGCCUGCCGUGGUGGCGCCACCGGCGAAUGUGAUUCGCGCACCGGGCUUGAAGAGAGGGAAGUUGGAAGAGGCGAUUUCUGAUCGGAUCAAGUUGGAGAGCGUGUUGGGGCUGACAGUCGGCAGCAAUGCGGCGCUCGACUGCGACCCCAACACCGAGGUGGUGGCUUAUCCUGCAGGAUGCACAGUGGUCCUGUACAACGUCAGGAAGAACAGGCAGUCCCACGUCCUCAAUGCAUCAAGGAAGAGCGUCACUUGUGUCGCCUUCUCUCCCGAUGGACGGUUCCUGGCUACGGGGGAAUGCGGACACGCACCCGCCGUGCGGGUGUGGGAUCUACAGGAUCCGACAGCGUCUGGUGCCGUACAAAUAGGGGAAUUCCCGGGUCACACGCAUGGAGUCAGCUGUGUGGCGUUUUCCACGUCGUCCAAGUAUCUAGUCUCGGUUGGGUCGCAGCACGACAUGAUCGUCAAUGUGUGGGACUGGCGAGCCAACCUGAAACUGGCCAGUAAUAAAGUGUCAUCUCGCGUGAAGGCUGUCAGUUUUUCUGAGAGCGGCAACUAUUUUGUUACCGUUGGCUUUAGGCAUGUCAAGUUUUGGUAUUUGGAGUACUCGAGAAGUGCUAAGUUCAAAGAACCAGUGCCUCUUAUGGGUCGGUCGGCCAUCUUGGGAGAGCAGAAAGACAACGAGUUCUGCGACGUAGUCUGUGGUCGAGGAGCGGCUAGUGAUAGCACGUAUGCCAUUACUAGAGGAGGGCUGCUGUGUGAAUUUAACAGCAGGAGGUUGCUGGACAAGUGGGUGGAGCUUAGGACGUCUUCAGCUAACUGCAUGGCCAUCGGUUCUAACUACAUCUUCGUUGGAUGCGCGGAAGGAAUCGUGCGAGUUUUCGCGCCGGAUUCACUGCGUUACGUCACCACGUUGCCCAGAACACAUUACUUAGGCGUAGAUGUCGCACAGGGAACAAAUAUCAGUCAUAUGUUCAACCAGCCUCCCAACGCGCGGUAUCCAGACGCGGUUGCUCUUACAUACGACGAACGAAACCACAAACUAACGUGUGUGUACAACGACCACAGCUUGUAUGUGUGGGACGUGAGAGAUAUCAAGCGGGUGGGCAAGUCGCACAGCGCGCUCUACCACUCCGCGUGCAUUUGGGGCGUGGACAUGGCCGGCGGGACUCCCCACCCCCCCGGGACCUUCCUCACUUGUUCCAGCGACGAUACAGUGCGUGCCUGGCGGCUACACCCGCCUCAGCCGCCGAAUAUUUACACCAAUGAGCUGUGCAAAGUGCUGUACAUUGACCCCGAGCUGAAGUUCCUUAAGGAUGUGGAUCUGACGGCGACGAAUGAGAAGGACAAAGCAAAGUCGUACGACGAUAAGACUGGCGUUCGAUGCGUCCGCGUAUCCCCGGACGGGCAGCACAUCGCGUCCGGCGACCGGGCCGGCAACAUCUGGGUGCAUUCCGCGUCCGGGGCCCUCUUACGGACGCUGGAGGCUCAUGACGCGGAGGUCCUGUGCCUGGAGUACGCCGCCUCGCCGCGCCUGCUGGCUUCCGCGUCGCGGGACCGGCUCAUACACGUGUUCCGCGCGGACCAGGGCUACCAGAUCCUGCAGACCCUGGACGAGCAUUCGUCGUCCAUCACAGCGGUGCGGUUUCUGAACGCGGGUGGCGGUUUGCAGAUGGUCUCAUGUGGCGCGGACAAGACUAUACUGUUCCGACAGCUUAGAACGACGUCCGACGGUAGUUACCAAUUCGCGCGGGGUCAGAACGUGUCGGGACGAACUACUCUAUACGAUAUGGAGGUGGACGCGGGAGGCAGGCAUAUACUCACCGCUUGUCAGGACCGCAAUGUCCGAGUGUACAGCGCAGUGCAGGGCAGACACACCAAAACGUUUAGAGGCACCACGGCUGAAGAUGGAACGCUUAUAAAGGUGGCGCUAGACAACAGCGGCAUCUACCUAGCCACCUCCAGCACAGACAAGAUACUCAGCGUGUAUGACUACUACUCUGGAGAGUGUAUGGCCACCAUGUAUGGUCACUCGGAGAUCGUCACGGGGCUCAAAUUCACUCCUGACUGCCAGCACUUAGUAUCAGCAUCAGGUGACGGCUGCAUCUUUGUGUGGCGAGUGCCCCAUGAUAUGGUGGUCACCAUGAGAGCCAGACUCGCUCAACAGGCUAUACGGCAGGGCAAGAAAGUACCAGCGUCCAACGGCAUGUCCGGUCUUGAGAGUGAAAGCGAAUCUCAUCUCGGAUCGCCACCGCGAGAGUUACCGUAUGAAGAGAAACAGUUCACCACUCCCGUGGUUCCUGAUUACACGUUAAGGAUAGGCCGCCUCCCGUCCUGGGCUAAGAAGAGUUUAGGCGACGAACUGGUCGCCCCAGAGACGCCGGCCCCCGAUCCCCCGGCCCGGGGCAAAUGGGCUACCAGGAUACACCCCACCGCAGAGAAACGCGAUUCGGACGGCUCUAAAGACAGCUCUUUAGACAGUGGCACGGAUACGCGGUACAUCGAGAAACGGCAACAGAGCGCUAAGCAGAGGCCGAAAUCGCUCAACUUGAGCCAGCUGCCACGAGUCGAGGCUCUGUUCCGCCAUUUUGACGCCACGAUGCGGAAAACUUAUGACAUUUUGACGAUAUCUCCGAGAGUUGAGAAGGUAACGAUAAAUUUGUCCAAAACACGGACUACGGAGAGUCGAACUCGGCACCACACGGACGAUUCUUCUCUCGGCAGCUUUAAGUAUGAGGACCAAGAGUCAACAGAGCACGAUGGCGACAUCGAAGACAUCUCUGACGGCGAGAGGACGUCAUCCUCCGAGCGGGGCAACCGGACCAUGUACUAUCCCGGGAACAACGAUGAGGACACGCCUGGGGAGUUCAUGGUGAACGCAAUGGACGCCGAAGAGCUCCGGCAGUCGGUGCGUCGCUCAAAACGCUGGCAGGCCACCGGCUCGCCGCGGCUCGAGCUCCCGCCCGGCGGCACCUCGCUGUCCGGCUCCGGACACGAUUCGGACGACGAUGAGGUGUCAACCCCGUCCGGUGACAACGCAGAACGCAAUCCCUUAUCAGGCUCGUGUGAGUCACUGGACACAGCAGGCCGCCGCGAGAAGUACAUCAAGUCGGCGUACGAUAGCUUGUGUGCUGACGGGGACAACGACCACAAUAUAGGCAACAACUCGCUGUCCUCCCAGCACUUGUCCCGCGCGCCGCCCGCGCCCGCGCGCGCCGCGCCCUCCCCCGCGCCCCGCACUCCGUCCAAGACGCAAGACCCUGAAGCGGCGAGGCGGAGGGAGGAGCUGCACAGGCGCAUACUGGAGACACGGCGGCAGCUGGAGAGCGUGGCAUUCCGUUCGAACCUCAAAUCGAGUCAGUCCACUCACGAUCUUUCAUACAUCCCAGAGAAAGACGGCUCGAAGCGCGCGCGACCCGUCUCCAUGGCCGUGCCGAGCAAUACGCGGCCUUAUGGUGAACGCCCGCAUGUUAACCCAUCCUCGAUCGCAGCGAGUCGCCAGACGUCCGAGGAGGAGGAGUCUUCUGGCAUGCGUCGGGCGAUAUCUCUCUCGGAUCUCGCCGUCAAACCGAUGCCGGCGCCAAGGACCCCGCAAGCCUCAUCGAAACCGGCCCAGCCGAGCCCGGGUUCGAACAAAUCGCCGAGCGGGUUCGCCCGGCCCGCGCCCCGGUAUAACGGCAAGUCGAACAUGACCAGGAGUUCGAGCGUCGGCGUGUUGAAUAACCAGAGCGAUUCGGAGUCAGACCCGCAGCCUUCCAGGCCUCAGGCCAGCAGUCGGACCCAAGGCCUGAUGAGGCCCACCAUCAGUUCCAUGAACAAAGCAGCCGCGAAUACCGCCAGGAGGCGAGGGCUAGCGAACGCUUAUAGCUCUGUGAGCUUGUCUACGGGCGGGCAAGAGGAAUCGAGUUCGGAAGCCGAGGAGAGAGGGGCGGAGAAACCGGCCGUCCCGCCCCGACCUAGGGCGGGGUCUGUGGACCAUACCCAGAGGAGGAUCGGCCGCAGCGGUAGCGAACGCGAUCUGUCCGCGAAAGCGAGAGAGGUGACCGCAAGACUGACGUCCAAUACGCGACAAAGCAGACCGCCUAAACAGGAGUCUACGCCGGACGCUAACUUGUCGUCAUCGCAACUUUGUUCAGCAUUAACGGAACAGCUGACCAAGACAGCGUGUAAAGUGGUCCAGUUGUACGCCUCCUUACAGAGGGAACCCGGGGCUGCCGCCGAUAUUAGUGGACUCGAAGCGGCGAUACUAGAAACGCAGAAAGUUUUAAAGAGCGCCGUGUCCAGACAAACACAAAAUGGCGACGCCUUGAGCAGCCUGUCGUCCACCGAAGGCGACUGUCGGCCUAACGUCGACUCCACGAGGAAGAAACUAGAGAACCUGGUCUCCAAAGAAGCGAACAACGCCGGGAAUCCAGCGAUGUCUCUCAUCGAGCAGUACUCAGAUAUCCUUCUAAACAUGAUGCAAAGCAAAAUGGUGAACCAAUUCUCUCAGAGCCCGCAGAGCUUGCCUCCCAACGCGAGAGAUGGCGCUGACAGCUAGUACAGCGACAAUCGGUAGCGUAUCGGUAGUUUUAUCGAUAGGUAUAUCGAUACUAUUGACGGCGAACCUCCCUAGACAGAGUAAUAACGUGGCAGUUGCGAUUCCGAGUGCUGACAGUUAUUACAGUGUCAAUCGGUAGCGUAUCGGUAGUUAUAUCGAUACUGUUGACAGCGAACCUCCUUAGACGAAGUAAGAACGUGACAGUUGUAAUUCCGAGCGCUUACAGGAUAGAAUAGUGUUGAUCGCUACCGAUCCGAAUACCGAAAACCACUUUUGUCGAUACUAUUGACGGCACUAUAAAAUGUUAUAAACGUGACGUUUAUAAUGAGAGUUUUCGCGAAUGAAAGAUCCGCUAGAUGGCGGGACGUGGAUGUGGGGUCUGACUGCUGCGUGAUUGGUGGAUUUUGACAUAUCUGUCAAUGUCAUGUCAAAAAUAACCAAUCAUGCAGCAUUUGGACCUCGCGUCUACGUAUUGCCAUCUGGCGGAUUUUUCAUUCGCGAAAACCCUCAUUGUAACGCUUCGUACCGCCGUAUUUGUGAAGUGAUUUUGAAAUUAAAACUUUCACUAAUGUUACUUUAGUCUAGGGGGUAAGAUUUUGUCGAGUCCAUAAUGGUUAUUGCAUUGUCUAAGGGUGUAUGUUAUGUCAUUGACUGAGUGCAAUACUAUAGAAAUGUCACUGUCACUGUCUUUCCUAUGCCAUUGUGAGUUAAUGAUAUUAUUUUGACAUAAAAAUGUUGAGAAUGGUAAUAAUGAAUCGAAGUUUUAUUAAAUAAUUUUCUUAAAAUACUUAACGAGUCGCAUUUUGAUAAGAAAAUUGAAUUUCUAGUAAUGAUUGAUAAAUAUUAUUGUGUAUUUUUUAAUACAUUUCAAUGUUAUA